UACUCACACCAGCGCACCACUUACAACUGACAAGAUAACAAGAUAACCGUACUAAAGUCUGGUGUUUUCCUUUGCCGGUUUUUAUGUAUAUAAUAUAUAUUAUAGGCAGGGAGCAUUCAGACCAAAGAGAAUGGAUUGAUCGCUUAGCGUUCUCUUACUUGUGAUCUUGUGAUACUUGCAAUUUGUAGUACAAAAUCAUAAUUCAAGACAAAUAAACCUGGUGAUAACGUUGCUUUGUUCUGUUAAUAAUGUCAGCUAGUGAUUAUUUAGAAUAUCUCGGCCUAUGCAAUAAACUCAAGCAUUUGAAAAGGACGGGAUGGGUUUUGAGAAAUGUUAAAGACCCGGAAACCGUGGCAAGUCACAUGUACCGCAUGGCCAUGAUGACCUUUCUCCUUGAAGACCCCAAUUUGGACAGAGUCAAAUGCCUGGAGAUGUCACUUGUCCACGACCUAGCUGAGAGCAUCGUCGGCGAUUUCACGCCUGUAUGCGACAUAACGCCAGAAAAGAAGCAUGAGAUUGAAAUGAAUGCAAUGGAAAAAAUAUCAAACAUUGUUGGAAAGCGAGGCGAUCACCUUCUCAACUUGUUCACGGAAUAUGAGGAUCAAACCACAGAGGAGGCUAAGUUUGUCAAAGAGCUGGACCGAUUAGACAUGAUUUUGCAAGCAUUUGAAUACGAAAAGGCUGAAAACGAUGCAGGACGCUUGCAAGAAUUUUUCGACUCAACACAAGGAAAGUUCAAGCACCCAGAGGUGGUGCGAUUAGUGAACGAACUUAACAAACAAAGGGCUCAAAAGAUAAAAGGAGCUGAAUAAAUUUCACAAUUUUUUACCCCCCUUCGCAUAUAUGCUUGUUUAUUCAUUUUUAUUCUUGUAAAAUUAAAAAAUAUUUUUAUCAACUCAA